CCAAAGGCUGUGUCAACUAUACUCCCAAGACAUCUCACUCCAAUCUCCAACCAUCGGCAGCAGCUCCCCCGUGCCUCGUUGCCAUGGCCGCAGUGAAACUCACCAUGACCUCCACAAACCAUUCACACACAAAUCAUUCCAAAGGAUUUUUCCUUCCCUUGUUUAGAUCUACAUACACCAAUGUCGUACAUCUCCUCAAAGGUGAUAAAACCAGUUCUGUCUUUCAUCAUGAAGACUACUACCUCCUUGAUAAAGGAUGAGUAUUCUAUGGUCCAUGGUGUCAAGGAAGACGAAAAGAACCUGGAAAGUAAGCUGACUAGUAUCCAAGGUGUGGUUGAAGAUGCAGAGAACAAGCAAGUCAAUGAUCCACAUUUGAAAGAUUGGCUCAGAAAGCUCCAGGAGGCAGCUUCUGAUGCCGAAGACAUAUUGGAUACUUUUGCAACAGAAGCCUAUCGUUGGAAACAAAAGCGGAAGGAACAUAAAAUCCAGCCUCCUCUGAGUAAAAGCAAAAUCUCAUACAAACGUGAUGCAGCGCAAAAUAUCAAAAAGAUUUCAGAAAGAUUCGAUAGGAUUGCCAAAGAAAAAGAAGCUUUCCAUCUCGACAUCAAAGUUAAUGGCGGUGAGACUGAGAGCCCAAGCUACACGGGCUAUUUUGUGGACAAGUCAGAUGUCAUUGGCAGGGAGGAUGAUAAAGAGAGGAUAACACAUAUGCUGCUAUCGAAUGAAUUUGAUAAAGAAGGAGACGUUUCCGUGAUUCCCAUCAUAGGUAUGGGGGGCUUGGGUAAAACAACUCUUGCUCAGCUUCUCUUCAAUGACGACAAGGUAAAGGACCAUUUUGAAGCCAGAAUGUGGGUCUGCGUCACAGUCCAAUUUGAUCUCACCAGGAUUCUCAAAGAAAUGAUACAAUUUCAUUCCAAGAUGAAAUUGGAUGACAGCUCCACAAGCCACCUACAGUCUCGGCUUCUAGAAUACAUGGUUGGACAACGUUUCUUACUUGUUCUAGAUGAUGUUUGGACUGAGGAUUACCUAGAAUGGGAGCCCCUAAGGGAUCUCUUGAAACAAGGGGCAAAGGGAAGCAGAGUCUUGGUCACAAGUCGGAUUACCAAGGUUAAGGAUAUCAUAGGCACACAACCUCCCCAUCUUUUGAGCUAUCUGCCUGAAGAGGAAUGCUGGUCCUUGUUUGCAAAAAUUGCAUUUAAGGGUGAUAGUUUGUCUAGCCAAAGGCUGAAAGAUUUGGAAGACAUUGGUAGAGAAAUCGUCAGGAAGUGCAAAGGUCUCCCAUUGGCAGUCAAGGCAAUGGGAGGUCUCUUGCGUGGUUGCGUUGAUGUAGACAAAUGGCGGCAAAUUCAAAGCAGUGAAAUAUGGGAGAUAGAGGACCGGAACCCUGGAAAUGACAAGCCCAAAAUUUUGGCUAUUUUGAAAUUGAGCUAUCACCAUCUACCUUCUCAUCUAAAGCGCUGUUUUUCUUACUGCUCCUUGUUUCCAAAGGCCUACGCUUUCCACAAGGAAGAGUUGGUCAAGCUUUGGAUUUCGCAGAGAUUUAUACAAGCUCGAGGACUAGAGACGGAGGAGGAGACUGGAAUUGCAUGUUUUGAUGAGCUCUUAAUAAGGUCCUUCUUUCAAGUUUCAGUCAUUGAAGUCAAGGAGAUAUUCAACAUGCAUGAUCUUAUCCAUGACUUGGGACUAUCAAUUUCAAGCCCCAACUGUGGUCUUGUUAAUGAUAACGAGCCCUACAGUUUCUCUGAACAAUCUCGUCAUGUGAGCUUGCUUGGUAAAGAUGUUGAGCAGCCUAUGUUGACGAUUGUUGGGAAUGCUAGUAAGCUGCGGUCACUUCUAUUUCCCAGUCACUACUUGAAAAACUUUGGUCAGGCCCUUGAGAAAGUGUUUCGUACGAUGAAAUACAUACGGACCUUAGAUCUUAGUUCAAGCAUAAUCUUGGAAUUGCCUAGCUCAAUUAAAGAGUUGAAGUUGUUACGCUACCUUGACCUCUCUAGAACAGAAAUCAAACUUCUUCCCAAGUCAAUUUGCAAACUCUACAAUUUGGAAACGUUGAAACUCUUGGGUUGCCCUUGGCUUUUCGAAUUGCCCAAGGACCUUGGGAACUUGGUUAAUUUGCGACAUCUGGAGCUCGAUGAUUUAUUCUGGGUCAAGUUCUCCAUCCUGCCACCAAAAGUGGGGAACUUAACCAGUCUGCACGAUUGGCAUGCAUUUCAGGUUGGCAACAAGACUGGAUACGGAAUUGAAGAACUGAAGAACAUGGCAUACCUCUCAGGAACAUUACAUAUCUCAAAGCUAGAAAAUGUGGUUAAUGUACGGGAGGCUAAGAUGAAUGAGAAAAAGUACCUUCGGAAAUUGGUGUUUGAAUGGAGUGACAGGGUUGUCAAUACACAGGAUGAAGCAACUGAAAAGAGUGUACUUGAAGGCCUACAACCUCACUCAAACCUCAAAGAGCUCCAAAUUCGUCACUACAGGGGGAAUGAAUUUCUAGCUUGGAUGAGAGAAGGGCAGCUCCAAAAUUUGGUCAGUGUUACCUUGAAUGAGUGCACAAAAUGCAGAACCCUCACUCUAGGUGAGCUACCCAAUCUUCAAGUGCUCUACAUCAAAGGUAUGCAGGAAUUGGAGAAAUGGCCAGAGGUCAAAUGCCCUUCACUCUCACGGCUAAAGUUUAGCAACUGCCCCAAACUGAGGGAGCUACCCAACGUCUUUCCAAAGUUGAGAACCUUGAAGAUCAAAUGCUGCAAAUCUCUAAGGGCUCUUCCAAUGGCCCCAAGUUUGAUGUUUCUAAAACUUAUUGACAAUCUCAUUCUGGAGGAUUGGCGUGAAGUACCGACAACGUGGGUGGCUGUAAAUGAUCAAGGCCAACGUUCAAGUUGGCACCAAGGGUCCUGGUUUGAAUUGUUGGAACUGAAUGUAAUAAGCUGUCCCAAGCUGCAGGCACUGCCUCAACACUUUGCUCCCCAGAAGUUGGAGAUCAGUGGGUGUGAGUUAUUAGUUGGUCUCCCACAUCCACAUUUUGCCCGACGUCUUCAGCAUUUAGCACUGGAUGCAUGUCACGAUGGAACAUUAGUGAGGGCAAUACCCAAUACCAGCUCUCUAUACUCACUGGUCAUAUCCAGCAUCUCAAACCUCACCUCACUUCCAAAAUGGCUCCAACUUCCUGGCCUCAAGGCUUUGUACAUUUCUGAUUGCAAAGAUCUAAUGUCUUUGUCAGAGAGUGAAGAAGGGUCACUGCCAACUUUGAUAUCUCUCACAAUUCUUUCCAUCCGAAACUGUCCAAUGCUUGUGAAAUUAACUGAGAGGUUACCUGCUAAUCUGGAGUGUUUGAGUAUUGCGUCAUGCCCCCUUCUGCAGUUUCUAGGCCCAAAGGAGAUACUUAAGAGCCUCACUUCACUCAAGGACCUUUACAUUGAGGACUGCCCUAUGCUCCAGUCCUUGCCUGGGGAUGGGCUUCCCAGCUCUCUUCAACAUCUGCAAAUACAAAGAUGUCCACUAUUGGCGGAGCGUUGUCAAAAGGAGAAAGGUGGUGGAGGAGGUCCAGAUAGGCCAAAGGUUUUGCACAUUCUUGACCUGGAGAUUGAUUUCUCUAAAGUUUCUUCAACAUCAUCUUUGCCCAAGAAGAAACCAUCAGAACCAGCUUGGUAUCGUCUUCUUCCAACACUUGGAGGGAUAGAAAUAAUUGAUGCACAACCGAUUAAAAAACAACCAAAUUCAUCUCUCUUAAAGCAAAGUCACAAACGGGCCAUUGCCACGGCAGUCUAUCAAAGUGAUGUUGAUGGAGACAAAGCUGUUGAUGAGGUACUAAAAAAACCAAAAACAGAAUGGGAAGAGAACAGAUCCAAACUAUCCUUUCCAUUAACUCAAUGCAAAUCAAGUUCCCCAAAGGAUUCUUCCAAUGAAAUCACCAAACAAGAAUCAGGUCAGGGCUCUUCUGAGUCUAUUGACAGGGUUGGGCAUGAAGAGGGUUCUACUGUGUCUAUUGACAAUGAGGACGAUGAUAUGGAGUACUUUUACAUUUCCUUGGGAGCCAAAUCUGAAACUUCUCUGUCUCCAUCCAGCAGUGUCAUAACUGAUGUGCAGUCCCAGAAAACCAGGCCAGGUCAAUCUGUCAUAGACAAGGCAUUGGGCAUAGUAAAAAAUGUAUUAGCAACUGACUUCUCUUCUGCAUGUCAUCCCAGUCGUUCCAUUUCUUUAGAUUCAGAAUUAGAAUUGUUGUGUGACUUGGAUGAAAAUGAUGGCGUCUCAGUUGGAAUGAAAUUCCUAGUGCUUCAACUCUCCAAGGACUUCAAAGUUCUGAAAAGUCGAUACUGCCAAGCCAAUGACACCAUUGAAAGGUGCACCAAUCUGAUCAAGCCUAUGGCUGAGAUAGCAUUUCAACUGGAUGCAAAUAAACAAAAGUUCUUGGAGCUCAAUUCAGUUCAGGCAACAAUUCAAAAGAGUAUAAUUGAGGCUGAAGCACAGAUCAAUGAGCUACAGAAGAAAGUAGACACCUUCCCUCUGGCCGAACAACACAUGCAUGACAAGCAAACAAUGUCAACAGAUGGAAAUAGUAUCUCUGGAGCUGAAGGACAGAUAAAUGAGCUAAAACAAAAAAUAGAUUAUUUGACUAAACAGAGAGGAAAGGGAAAGCAAGAGAAGAAAAUGAUCUACACCGAUGGAAAGAAGCUGAAGGAAAAGAUGGAUGUGGCAGCUACGGCAGAGGAGGAGAAGAGGGAAGCUGAGAGGAUCAAGAGAGAGAUUGAAGAAAAGUGGUCAGACUACAACAAACAGUUUGAGACGCUUACGUGCAGUGGAGGAAUGACCAUCUCCUAGGAGCAUAUCAUAGUGCAGGUCCAACAGAACAUAGAGUUAUGAAUGAAGUUUUGCACAUUGAACAUUACGCUAUUCAUGAUGAAAAAAAAUUAAGUAGCAGCAGCUUAGAAGGAAUUACAGAGGAUUACAUGCUGAAAUUGUUUAAGUUGUUGUGCAGGACAUCUGAUACAGGUUGUUCUUGUGCGGAAAUAUAAGGAAUUCUAUCCAAAAUAGGAUUCUGUGUAGCCUUUGGAGAAUUCCUUUUUCUGUUUUUGAUUGAAUAUUGGUAUUGCUUUUUUUUUUUUUUUUAAUUUAAUUUUAAAUCUGUUCUGCAGCUGACUGGGAAUGUUUGUUUUGAUGACGGUACAGUUUGCAGCUUGCUGCCUAUUAUUUGUAAUGUUGUCUGUUUGUUGAAUAAAAUCUAGCUCAUUCC